AUGCUCUCUCUCCCUAUCCCCCCUCUCUCUCUCCCUCCCUCCUCUCUCACUCUCCCUUCUUCUUCUUCUUCUUCUUCUUCUUCUUCUUCUUCUUCUUCUUCUCUCUCUCUCUCUUUCCAUUUCUCUCUCUCCAUACUUUUCUCCUGCCAUUGGCUACCUUUUCUACCUCUUCUUUCAUCUCUUUUAUUUACGCUGACAUUCCAUCAUUUUUCUCUUUUCUUUGCUUCAAUGUUUAUUUCUAUUUUAUUAUUACUUUCUUUUCAAAUGUUAUUUUUCUUCUAUUUAUUUUUUGUAAAUCCUUGGAAUAGAUAUAUUUCUUUCUUUCUUUCUUUCUUUCUUUCUUUCUUAAAUGUUCUUUCAUUUUUGAUAUUUCUUUCUUUCUUUCUUUCUUUCUUUCUUUCUUUCUUUAUUUCUUCCUUUCUUUUCCAUAUGUUCUCUUUACUAAUCUUUCCUUCUUUCUUUCUUCAAUCCUUCUUUUUCACAUUCUUUCUUUCUUUCUUUCUUUCUUUCUUUCUUUCUUUCUUUUUCUUUCUUUCUUUUCCCUUUGUUCCUUUACAAAUCUUUACUUUUUUCUUUCUUCAAUCCUUCUUUUUUCUUUUUCUUUCUUUCUUUCUUUCUUUCUUUCUUUCUUUCUUUCUUUCUUUCUUUCUUUCUUUCUUUCUGUGUUUCUUUCUUUCUUUUCCAUAUGUUCUCUUUCCUAAUCUUUCCUUCUUUCUUUCUUCAAUCCUCCUUUUUCACAUUCUUUCUUUCUUUCUUUCUUUCUUUCUUUCUUUCUUUCUUUCUUUCUUUCUUUCGUUCCCUUUAUUAAUCUUUCCUUCUUUCUUUCUUCAAUCCUCCUUUUUCACAUUUUUUCUUUCUUUCAUUCUUUUUCUUUCUUUCUUUCUUUUUUUCCUUCGUUCCCUUUAUUAA